AUGGAUGUGCCGUCGACCACCAAUAACUGGAAGCACACCGCCGUCUUCUCCCCCCCGACUCCUGGCCGGCCGCCGCCGGUCAAGCGCAAGCGGUGGGCGCCCUCCUCUUCGCCGCGCCGCGGCUGCCGCUGCUCGGGGGGGAGCCGCUCCGGCGCCUACGAAAGCAACGUCCUGCUCUCCGCCGCCGCCAAGCGGGGGCCCCUCGAUGGCGCUCUGCAGCUCUUCUUCCUCCUCCGUGACCGCGACACCGUCACCUGGAACACCGCCAUCUCCGCUUGCCUGCGCCACCGCCGCCCGCGGGCUGCCCUGGAGCUGUUCGCCGAGAUGCUCCUCUCAGGCAGGCACCCUCCGGACUCCAUCACCCUCCGGAGCGCCCUCAGGGCCUGCGCAGACAUGGAGGAACUCGAACUCCUGUCGCAGAUCCACGGAUAUAUCACCAAGAUAGAAGCUUUCCCCGACGAGGAUAUGGCAGUGCUUUAUACUUGCAUGGUUGAUUUGUAUUGGGAGCUGGGUAACCCGAAGUUGGCACGCCAAUUGUUCGAUGGAAUUUCCCACAAGGAUGUCGUCGCAUUCACCUCGAUGAUGACGAACUGCAGCCGCGCAGGUGAGUACGAGGAAGCUCUGAGGAUCUUCAGGGAGAUGGUGGAAGGUGGCUACGCGGAGAUUAAUGGGUACGCCCUCUCCGCUGCUCUCCGCGCCUGUGCUGGUCUCCUCUGUGAAUCUUCAGGCAGACAAGUUCAUGCCGGCGUGAUCAAAUCGUCCCUCGGAUCAGAUGUCGUCGUUGGGACGGCGCUGGUCGAUCUGUAUUCCAAGUGCGGGGACAUGACCUCUGCAAAAUCUGCCUUCUCUUCCAUAUCCGAGCCCAAUACAGCCGCUUGGAACGCUUUAAUGGACGGCUGCUCCAUGGGUGGCCAUGAAGCCGUGAGGCUGUUCUCCAGGAUGAGGCUGAAGGAGGUCAAUCUGGACCGUACGACCCUGGCAAUUGUUCUCCGGGCUUGCCGGGAUUCCAGCUUGCGGACGAUCCAGCAGCUGCAUGGAUUGAUCUUGAAGGAAUCGACGGGAAGCAUGGAUUCGUACAUUGGGACAGCCCUGUUCCAGAAUUACCUGGCCUGUGGCUGCUUCCACCAUGCACGCAAGCUGUUCGACGAAAUACCUGGCAAAGACUCCGUGCAUUUCAACUUGGGGAUUUCAGAGUACGCUCAAAGGGGACAUCUGGAAGAAGCCGUUGACUUGCUGUUUGGGAGUAUUGAAGCAGCGGAUGAGCUGAAUGGUGGAGCUAUAACUCCCCUUGUGUCAGCUGUAAACGAUCUGAAACUGGGGAGGCAGUUUCAUGGCCUCGCUACUAAAUUUGGACUCGAUGCUGGGAGCAAUGAGCUCCUUGGCAGCGCCCUCAUCUCAAUGUACAUGAAAUUCCGCUGCCAGGAUGAAGCAACCCAACUCUUUCAUGACAUUGAUUCACCAGAUGUAGUCUCCUGGACUUGUUUAAUCUCCGGUUUGUCCAAGAUUGGGGAAACCCGUGAAGGGCUGAAUCUCUAUUUCAAAAUGGUCUCAGAGGGAUCUCUACUUCUCCCAAACUACUACACCUUCUCAUGCCUCCUUCGAGCUUGUGCCAGCCUCCUUGCCGUGGAAGAAGGUAAGCAGAUCCACGCCCAGCUCAUCAAAUCACAUCCUUCUCCGUGUGAUGCCCAUGUUCUGAAUUCUUUGCUGGAUAUGUACGCCAAAUGUGGGUAUAUUGCGGAGGCCAAGGACAUAUUCAAGAGAAUCAAAGAGCCCGACUUGGCUGUGUGGAAUGCCAUGAUCCAUGGCCUCGCCCGUCACGGCUUUGCCGAUGAAACGAUGGAGCUGUUCCAUGAGUUAUUGGCGCAGAGAGAUCUGAAGCCGAAUAACAUAACUUUUCUUGGAGUCCUAUCAGCCUGCGCCCAUGGGGGAUUGGUUGAGGAGGGCUACCGAUGGUUCAGAUCAAUUGAGAGGCCUUCUGUGGAUCACUACUCAUGCAUGAUCAACAUGGUGGCCCGGGCAGGGCGGCUCAAGGAGGCAACAGGCCUCCUCAGAGAGAUGCCCUUCGAGCCCAAUGAAUACAUCUGGGCUUCACUGCUGGCGGCUAGCUGUGUUCAUCAGGAUCCCGAGCUGGGGCAGUACUCAGCAAAGCGUCUCCUGGAGUUGAAUCCAAGAGAUGCCGGCGCUUACAUAGCCCUCUCAAAUCUGUAUGCUGCUGCAAGUCAAUGGAGCGAGGUGAAGAGACUGAGGAAGAUGAUGAGGGAACAGGGGAUAAGAAAAGGCCCUGGUUUGAGUUGGCUAAGGGUCAGUCAGGCAUCUCAUGUUUUUGUGGCAGGUGAGGACGCCCACCACAGGCAUCCAAAUCGAAGCCCAUAA